UCCAACUUCCAAGCUUUCAGAGCAAGCUUGAAGCGCCGACCAUUGUUUACUGUUCAAAUCUUUCAGAGCAAGCUUGAAGCGCCGACCAUAGUUUAUUCCACUCGCCACCGAAGCUCCGCCGCGCUCAGCCACCGUCUGCUGCGUUUUUUCUCCGUAUCUCAGGCUCCGCGCCAUCCUAUUUUCAUAAAAAACCUCCGUUGUCGAGCUUCAGUCGCCGAUAACCCUAAUCCCCUUUGCUCUGUGAUUUGAAUAGCCGAAAAUGUCUGAUGCUGAAGAAGUAAAGGUCUCACUGAAAGUGAUGAUGAACAGACAAAAAUCCAAGGUGCUAUUUGCAGAAUCCGACAGCGAUUUUGCAGACAUUGUGUUGAGCUUCUUGACUUUGCCGUUGGGAAGAAUUGUGAAAGUUCUGGAGAAACACUACGGAGAUGAGGCACCCACCAUUGGAAGCUUAAACAAUUUGUACCACACCUUAGCAAACCUUGACAGCUCCCAUUUUGUGACGGAGGGUGCUAAGCAGACUCUGCUCGAUUCAGCAAGUUCGUUCGAAGCUGAAUACAGAAUGCUGAAAGUGGAUAUCAGUGAUUCUCCGCCUGCUGAAUACUUCGUUUGUAGCAACUGCUCCAGCAAGAGAUUUCGUUGUGCAAGCAUCUACUACGAUAGCAUUUCUUGCUCAAAUUGCAAGGAUAGGAUGAGUAAAGUAGUGGAUACCAGUGAUGCUCCUAGUGAUGGCCUUUUCACCAAACAUACAUCAUCUUUCAUAGUCUCUAAUGAUCUGCACAUUCUACCAAAGGAAACAGGAUUCUUAACAACUGUCAGAAUUCUUGGCAUUACUGUUAGAGAUAUGGAGAAUGCUGAGACAAUCAAAGUGGAUUUUGGGUUCACUGAGAUUAUGAAGUUGUUGAAGGCAUCCUUGACGUCCCCAACUCCGCUGUCGGACCUCAUCCUCAAUAAAACAACUACAGCAGAGAUGAAUAACACUCCAGUUUACACUCCGGUUGUGGGAUCUCAACGGAAUCAAUAUACUCGCUACAUUGGGUGUUUUUCUUUGACCUUGAUGGUACAAAAAUCCACAGGCAAGUUGUUGUGUGCUCAAACUGACGAAAACUUUGUAGAGUUUUUAUUUAAUCUCCUCAGUAUCCCACUAGGUAGAGUUGAGCACCUUCUAGCCGGUAAGAAUACGUGUUUUAAGGCCAUAAACAACUUGCAUAGGAGCACUACCGAUCUAAUAGAUGACAAGCAUUUCAAGAAUGCGAAUGCGAAAAAUUGGCUGAGGUUACCAGUGCUGAUUCAUGGGAGUAUUUCCACAAACCUCUUCAUUCUUGCCCGCCCUAGUGCAGCAGAAGUACCUUAUCGCGGCAGUCCAUAUAGUUCUGAUAAGUUUCCGAGAGGCAAGGGGGUUUAUCUCGAAGGAUCACGAUCCUAUAUAGUUAAGGAUGAUUUAAGUGUUGAGCCCUAUUGUUUUGUCACGCUCCUUUCCAGUUUUAGACAGCGGAGAAUCGUGAUGUCUGAUGUGGAAGAAGUGGAGCUGGAAAUCGGAACAGACGAGUUGUUGGGCAUAUUGAAAGCGUCUCUUACAUCGACUACAGUUCUCUCCGAUGCUCUGCUCACUCUUACAAAACAACCUAAGAGAGAAGAACUCUGAAUCUUCAUCUAAAUGGUGUUGGUUUAAUUAAUAGCUUCUGUUUGGAUUUUCCCUUUUCUAAGCAUACUUGCUGGAGAUUAGUUUAGUCUUUUUGAAUCUGGCCCUUUUUAUCUCAUCAAGCAUUUUGGCUAAUAUAUAUCUCGUGACCCUUAUU